GCGUGCCCUGGAUCACCACUUGUACUCAAUUAUCAAUCAAAACUUUCUUACGCGCCUGGCGUCGUGUUUCUGCAGUUCUUUACAUCGUUAGUACAAGGUCAAUAACUCGACCAUCUCACUGAGAGGGGGUCUGGCAGACAAGACGAGAAAAAACCCAACAAGGAGCUAGAAUGAACGGUAUGGUUUGGGGGCUCUUUCAUCACCUGCCGUGCUUCAUGGAGUCAGACAACAAAAGUUUCCAGCCCUGGAGAGACUACAUGGGACUGUCGGACACAAUCAGAGAGAUCCUGGCACGGAACACCGCCACUGAGCCCUCACCGCCAGACCCCAAAGCUCCGCACAUGGAGAGUGAUGAUCUGUGCAAGACUCUGGACUCUGUGCGCAUUAACGCAGACAACCACAGUGACCUCGGGGCGGAAUGCGCGUCAGGUGAAACUCCGUCGCCAGACUCCUUAGGUCAUCAGCACUUAGCUGAUGGUUUGUGGCACCCCCCAGACUCCGUUCGUGCUGAAAUAGCAGGUGCAGUGGAUUUUAAACAAGUGCAAAACGCGACGGGCUCCCGGGGGCCAAAGGACCGCAAGAAGACCACUAAGACGUCUCGUUUCAAAACACCUGAGCUCUCGGUGUCGCCUCCAUCCCCAAAGCGCAUGUUCUGCAGUUUUUGCAAGCACAAUGGAGAAUCCGAGUUGGUGUACGGAUCUCACUGGCUAAAGAACCAGUCAGGAGAUGUCUUGUGUCCCUAUCUGCGACAAUACGUGUGUCCUCUCUGCGGAGCCACGGGGGCCAAAGCUCACACCAAACGCUUCUGUCCAAAGGUGGACAGCGCGUACAGCUCCGUUUACGCCAAGUCCAGACGCUGAACGCAACAGGUGGCAGGCAGCAACAAGACGAUGUACAGACGGCAGCAUCUUUUUAUGUGUGAUGUAUGAUUCUGUUUAUUAUCAUUAGUGUGUUCUUUUUAUUUGUUUUGUUUUUGUGUGUUUUGAUUUGGUUUUCGUUUGCAUGCUUUGGCACGUUUGCCGUGAAGCCUUCUAAGAUUGGAGUUGUUUCCCAGCUGGUCUCUUUUGUCGGCCUGGCCCACUUUAACAGCGUCUGUUUGGAGUUGGUGGAUUUUGUUAAGACAGUUUAAAGAACGACUGCCAGAUAUUAUGUUUGGGAGGAGAAAAAAAAACAUGUUUCAAAAGAAAAUGUAUGUUUGUUUUACAUAUUUUUAAAACGUGGCCGACUGAUGUCCAAUUUCAUACUUCCUGUCCAUGUAUUUAAGGACUUGACAAACAGUCAUCAUCAGCAAUAACUUAAGUACAGCAUGUAAACAUCAUGUGACCAUGUCAGCAUUUUAAAUUUUUUAGAUAUAAGUGACUUGUUCUUGUUCUGAGGUGUGAAUACCUGUUCCUGAAGCAUGCUAUUUUAUUUUGAAUAUUGUACACAGGGCUCUUCUAAAAAUGCCACUUCAGCUCUUCUCUCUUUGUGAAAAUUUCUGUGAAUAUUCUUGAAUGCAACAUGU